GCUUAAUACCUCAGUUCCUUGCAUUCUACCAACUUCCACGAACAGGCACACGCUCAUACACUCGCGCCAGCCACUAAGAGCGGAAAAAUGAUGUUCGAGAGCAGCCAAUUUGAGACGACGGCCGGCGGCGGCUUCGUCUCGUCUCAAUCCACCGAUCCGUCCCCGGCCUCCGCCAAGAGUCGGGACAACCAACCGAUGUAUCCAGUAACGGUGAAGCAAAUCAUUGAAGCGACUCCAUCGACGGACGACAAGCCCAAUUUCCUCAUCGAUGGAGUCGAUGUGUACAAUGUGAAAUUGAUCGGAAUGGUCUUUGACAAAUCGGAAAGGUUGACUGAUGUCUCCUUUGUGAUUGAUGAUGGUACUGGCCGUAUUGGCUGCCACAGAUGGGUAAAUGAUCCACAUGACACCAAUGAAGUGGAAGGAUUAAGAGAUGGAAUUUAUGUACGAAUCCAUGGGCAUUUGAGGAGCUUUCAGGGGAAAAAACAAUUAGUAGUAUAUGCAAUCAGGCCUGUGAAUGAUUACAAUGAGAUAGCAAACCAUUUUCUUGAAUGUAUACAUGCCCACUGCUGCAGUAGUAAAUUACAGGAACAGAACCGUGCCCCUGUUUCAGCUCCUUUGUCUAUCAAUGCUCCUAAUGGAUCCCACGCUGUCUCAUCUAGUCAAAUCUCUCAAGAGUACAACUUGGAUGGACUAGGGAGCAUUGAUAAGAUGGUUCUUGACUAUCUCCAACUACCUUCCUCCCUUGCACAGGAAAAGGGUGUACACCGGAAUGAAAUUGCACAAAAGCUGAAAAUUCCCCAGGAAAAGAUCCUAGAAGCCAUGGAGGCUCUUGAAUCAGAAGGACUGGUCUAUUCAACAAUUGAUGAAUUUCACUACAAGUCUACUGCCUCUUAAGAGGGGAUUUGAUUUCUGGAUCAUGUAUCAACAACUCUUCUACCAUACAGUACCGAAUUAGAAUCUCACUAAUUACUCUCCCUCCUACAUAUGUUUUGUUGUUAACGUGGGAUUUUAGAAUAUCACAAGGUACCUUUCUUUA